AUGAGCGUGGCGGGGAAGCAGCCUCCUCCAGCACCGCUCGAGCGGCCCGGCAGCCUCCUCGUCCCCACCUGGACUAAAACUGGUAUUGCAUUGUUGUAUGAUGAAGUAUCUGAAAAUGCUUAUGACAUCCGACUGAAGCUUACAAAAGAGGUAUUAACAAUUCAAAAACAAGAUGUCGUCUGUGUUAGUGGAAGUGAUCACAGUGCAAAUCACAGAACUGUUACACUUCGUAGACAACCAGUUGGUGGCUUGGGCUUAAGCAUAAAGGGUGGUGCUGAGCACAAAGUGCCUGUCGUCAUAUCAAAAAUAUUUAAAAACCAAGCAGCUGAACAGACAGGAAUGUUAUUUAUAGGAGAUGCAAUAAUACAGGUUAAUGGUAUAAAUGUAGAGAGUGCUACCCAUGAAGAAGUGGUACACCUACUGCGAAAUGCUGGCGAUGAAGUUACCAUCACAGUUCAAUACCUCAGGGAAGCUCCAUCAUUUUUAAAGCUCCCAUUAGGUUCCCCUGGACCAUCCAGUGAUCACAGCAGUGGAACUUCAUCACCUCUCUUUGACAGUGGCUUACAUUUAAAUGGAAACUCAACCAACACGGCUCCAUCAUCACCUUCUUCACCCAUAGCUAAUGAACCAAAAUACGAGAAGCGCUGGCUAGACACCUUAUCAGUUCCUCUGUCGAUGGCUCGAAUCUCGAGGUACAAAACCGGAACAGAUAAAUUAAGAUCUAAUGCAUUUGAAGUGCUGGCACUCGAUGGAGUUAGUACUGGGAUACUUCAGUUUUAUACAGCCCAGGAGAGUGCUGACUGGCUGAGAGCAAUGUCUACUAACAUCAGUGAUUUGACACUUCAAAAUAUGAAAAUGGCAAAUAAAUGCUGUUCUCCCUCUGACCAGGUCAUACAUAUGGGAUGGGUAAAUGAGAGACUUGAAGGAACUGAUUCAUCUCAGCUCUACAAAUUCAAGUUUCUGGCCCUGAAGGGUUCAUCCUUCUACAUUUUCAGCACUCCACCGGUGAGCACACUAGACUGGGUACGAGCUGAAAAAAUCUAUAACCUCUGUGAGGUUCUAUUUAAAAUUCACAAGAUGAAGAAUCACAUACUGAAACAUAUCUUUCAGCUCUGGCUUGCUGAUGAUUGCUGGCUACAAGCAAACUUGUAUUUAGGUAUUCACCAGGACUUUGAUCUUGAGGACCAGAGGCCGUAUUGUUUCAGUGUUAUGGUUGGACAUGGCAAGAGCCACUAUUUCAACGUAGAGCUGGGCAGUGAAUUGGCAGUGUGGGAGAAAUCAUUCCAAAGAGCAAUUUUCUUGGAAGUUCAAAGAACAGGGUCUAAAACAUAUAUGUGCAGUUGGCAAGGGGAUACCCUGUGUUUCACAGUCGACUUUGCUCUAGGAUUUACCUGUUUUGACAGUAAAACGAAGAAUGUGCUGUGGAGGUUUAAAUUCUCUCAGCUCAAAGGCUCAUCAGAUGAUGGGAAAACAAGAGUAAAGCUGCUUUUUCAAAAUAUAGACACCAAACAAAUUGAGACAAAGGAACUUGAAUUUCAGGAUCUGACGGCAGUUUUACACUGUAUUCACUCCUUUAUAGCAGCAAAAGUGGCAUCUGUGGAUCCUGUAUUCAUAGACAGUCAGAGUGUUGCAAGAAAAUAUAUGUACAGUAACUGAUACUAGAUUAAAUGUUGUGACUAUGGAAAAUAAAUUAUUUUCUUAACAAAAGUAGUUAUUUCAUUCACGA